CUCAUAUUGCAGACUUAUCCUUACUUUGUCCCCGAAUCCUGUUCUCUGCUCUGGCCUGGGGGGAGAGUGUGGACCAGUUGUGGAAGAAGCGGGCAAUUCAAGGCUUAUUUUUCGAGCCAUUGGAGGUCAUGGGGGGCGCGGGCUUGGCGUUAAGGAGUGAGGCUCCCGAGUGGGGGUCAUGGUUCUUCCAGAGCCUCCCAGGCCUUGAGUAACCACAUCGGGAAACCCCGGGUGGUUCUGCGGUGGUGAAACCGAGCUCGGGUCCGGUAGGUAGGGAUUGUAACAGUCUUGAAUUCAAUCUCUAGCCUCUGUCAUACCCCUCCAACUUUAAAGUUAGCAUUUAUAGGCGAGAAGAAAGUGAAGGAGAUCGAUCUACCUGACGACAAAACAAAAAACUCGGUGAAUUACUCAAGGUGAUGAGGACGAUUGAUGACAGAAUAGUACAUGAAUUAAACACAACGGUUCCAACAGCUUCCUUUGCAGGGAAAAUUGAUGCCAGCCAAACCUGUAAACAACUUUAUGAGUCUUUGAUGGAGGCUCAUGCCAGUAGGGACAGAGUUAUAAAAAAUUGUAUAGCUCAGACCUCAUCAGUAGUAAAACACCUCCGAGAAGAGAGAGAAAAGAAUUUGGAUGAUUUAACGUUAUUAAAGCAACUUAGAAAAGAACAGACAAAGUUGAAAUGGAUGCAAUCAGAACUGAAUGUUGAAGAAGUGGUAAAUGACAGGAGCUGGAAGGUGUUUAAUGAACGCUGCCGAAUUCACUUCAAACCUCCAAAGAAUGAAUAAGAGGAUACUGUUUUUAAAAGGACCGAAUCAUCUUAGAAGAGCAAAGAAUGACAGACAUUGGCAAGGUGGACAUCCUAGAAUGAUUUCUGAGCCAACAGUCCAAGACAUUUGGUUGAUUUCAGCCCUACUUAACCAAGACCUCAAGUAUAAAUAAUUCUGAUAAUUAUGGAGAAAUCAACUGCUAUUUUAUACUGAUUCUGUAAAAAAGAAAAGAUGUUUUAUAACUAUUAAAAUAAUUUUCUGACUCAGUGUA